AGCUAUCUCAAAUCUAACCUUAAAAACCGCAUGGUCAUGUAAUGUCCAAUCUUACAAGAAAUUAAAGUUGUAGCGAAAUAUAGAGCAAAUAUACAAUUUUUUAUCACAUAUUUUGAUUGUGUUAUGACACUAUUAUGGCUGCAGAGACAGGCCAAAUAGAUAAAAAUAUAGAAAUUAAACUUUUAAUUAAUUUUUCCAUAGAUGAAGUUUCUAAUUUUCCACACAAUGUAUGCAGCAUACUAAACGGUCAAUACAAAGAUAUAAUAGAUAGUGAACUUUCUGCAUAUAUCAAAGCGAUAAGCAAUGGUGAGAGCAUAGAAGAAAUCGUGCAUAACAGUAUAUCUGAGACUGAUAUGCAUUUGUCGUGGCUAUAUGUAGGAAUAGCUUCAUUGUUAUACUUUGUCCAAUGUAAUUGGACAGGUCCAUAUAUUGAUAAGGAUAUUGAAUGUUUAAAAACCAAGAGAGAUGAAGCACUUAAAGGAUUAUCAUUAAAUGAUGAAUGUAAUAUAAAUGUACAAAAACCUGAACUUCUUUAUCUAUCUAAGAAAAUAUUCUCUAAUAUUGAUUUACAGCUCAAAUAUGAAAGUUGCAUUUGGUGGCUAUUUAGAGCUAAUCUAUUGCAUCAACAUGUAUUAGAUGAAACUUCAGGAAUAAUAUUUGAAGAAACCGAGUAUAUAAUUUCAAAAAUUAAUAAUCUUAAUAUAUUAAAAGAUCCUCUUUGUAAGCUAUUAUUUAAUCUAGAAUCUGCUAGAUUUUAUUUGUGCUAUAGAAGAACGCAAAAUUCUGAGGAAUAUCUUGAAAAUGCGCAGAGCAUAGCAGGUUUAACAUUAAAUCUAGAAGGAGCAAUGGGAAAACGUACAAAGUACCAACGAGAAGAAAAAGCACAGUUGUACUUGAAAAUAGAAAUGAAUAAAGAUAUUUUCCCAUCAAUUAAUUGUGAAGACACACCAAAAUCAUUGAACUUAAAUGACGAAUUGAGAUUGGAACGCAUUGAAUUUUCAGAGCACAAAGAGGAGAUCCAAUUGGGUGCAUUAGAGGAAGCAAUAAUUUUAGCAAAAUAUGUUCAGUUGCAGAUGUGUCAACCUAAGCACAAACUCACUGAUGAGGAAAUCAUACCCUAUCUGCAAAGAGUUAUAGAGAAUACAAAGAAUUGGUCAUUAAAAAUGACUUCUUUGUGCUGUCGUUGCUCAUUGGAAUCUGAUGAUAAAAGAACUGUCGAGCGAUCUAUGAUGCAAGCAGAGUCUCUACUAAAAGAUUACAAUGAGACAAAAGCAUCUGUCGCCAGAAGAAUGGAUUUUUUUUUCGCAAGUGGUAUGAAACCUAUUUGGACAUUGGAAGAGAAUUGGGCUAACUUAAUGUUCAGUCUUGGCUUGGUGAAGGGUGCUCUAGAAGUUUUUAUAAAACUUGGAUUAUGGGAGAACGUGAUUGUUUGUUAUAAUGUACUAAAUUUGAAGCACAAGGCAGCUGAGAUUAUUCAGCAAGAAAUAUCUAAAAAACCAACAAUAAUGUUAUGGUGUCUACUAGGAGAUGUAACUGGAGAUGUAAAUCAUUAUGAAACAGCAUGGAGAUUAUCUGAAGAAAAAAGUAGUAGAGUUCAGAGACACUGGGGAUUCUAUUAUUUUACGAAGAAAGAUUAUGCUAAAGCUGUACCACAUUUAAAGUUAUCAGUCCAAUUGAAUAACAUUCAAGAGCAUGUAUGGUUUAGAUUAGGCUAUGCAGCAUUGCAGAUAGAGGAUUGGAAAUUAGCUGCUACAGCAUAUAGACGUUAUUGUGCUUUAGAACAAUUUACUUUUGAGGCAUGGAACAAUUUAGCAAAAGCAUACAUUAAAUUGGGAGAUAAACCAAGAGCUUGGAAAUCUCUACAGGAUGCUAUAAAAUGCAAUUAUGAUCGUUGGGAAGUAUGGGAUAAUUUAAUGGUUGUUAGCAUUGAUUUGGGACAGUUUUCAGAAGUUAUUCGAUGCUAUCAUCGUAUCUUGGAUUUGAAGAAUAACCAUUUGGAUAUUCAAGUUCUUCAAAUAUUGACUAAUGCUAUAAUAAACAAUAUUAUUGAUGCAGAUGGAAAUUCGGCAUCUCGUUUGCUUCAAAACAGUCUGGAAUUAUUUGGAAGAAUUACUAGUUCUAACACAAAUAACAGUCCAGAUAUUUGGAGAAUGUAUGCUGAACUUGUUAUAUUGAGAAAGACAGAUAUUGAUAAGGAAAGAGCAGCGCAAUAUUUACAACAAGCGCAUCGUAUCGCCACUUCAAAUCCAAGAUGGUCUCACAGGGAAGAAACAAGUCUAAAUGUGUUGGAAUUAUGUUGUAAUUUGGCACAAGCAUAUUUACGUUGUACUAAAGACAUCGCAACUGUCAAAAAAAGAAAAAUGUUAGGGAGUGCAAAAUUAUCACUUCAGGGGAUUGUGAAAAAGAUCAAGGAGCAGGAAUGGAAUAAUACAAAUAUCAUUGAACAAUUAACAAAAGUUGAAGAGUAUUUAACAAUUAUAACAAAUGAAUUAGAACAAAUAAAACCUACAUAGUAAAAA